GGUUCAUUCUGUUCCCAAUCUGGAGAUGCCGUAUACACGCUACACAUCUUUCGUCCCUGCAGAACACAUGGUGUUUGUGCUUGUUACAUCCACCCACAGCCACUUCCAGUAAGCGACGCCACACGCCUACACCAGCCACACUGUCUGCCCCGCCUCGUGGCGCACGCGCCUCACCGACCCCACCAUCAGUGGUCCGUGGUCCGGAAGCUGCAGCCUGACAUUUGGGUAACCAUCGUCACUCUUUGGUGCCUAUACACACUUUUGCGCCUUCGACACUGUGCCACAAGUGAGACAUAGACCUUUACUUGCUGAAACCCGAUAUACCGGCGCGAAGACGACCAAAGCUGCUGCGCGUAUACCACACGACAACGUCAUUGCAGCGCGAAGCAGACCGAGACAGACAAGAUGCAGAUCAAAGUGCGAACGCUCACCGGCAAGGAGAUUGAGCUCGACAUCGAGGCCGACUACAAGGUGUCGAGGAUAAAGGAGCGCGUAGAAGAGAAGGAAGGCAUUCCGCCUGCGCAACAGCGCUUGAUCUACGGAGGAAAGCAGAUGAGCGACGACAAGACGGCAGCAGACUACCAGCUCGAGGGCGGUGCUACAUUGCACUUGGUGCUUGCGCUUCGUGGCGGAUUCUAGGCUCUCCUACUUGUCUCUCUGGUCGGACAUGCAUGUACGAUUUGCCUGGGAUUUUCUAGCCAACCUGAAAGUCCUUUGGGAAAUACAUUACAACAAUCUUCCUUCCUAUCCGCUUUCGGCCCCUGCAUAGUGUGCAUGCGUAGAAUCUGCGACGGAUGCUGUCGGCAGAGUGAUUGGUGUUGUGUGGACCUGUUCUACGGGGAGGAUGUCUGGAAGUGUAUGGGAUUGGCAGACGGUAGAUAUACUUACUGCAUGAAAUACUUACAAUUGAAGUAAGCGUUUGUGCCGUGACUCACUAACGC